CUUAAUUCCAUCGAUGGUAAUGUCUUUAAGCUCACAUCAUAUAUGCAAUCGGAUCCCAAGUCUGACAGCAAAGCAAAUACAAAUUUGUCAACAAAUGCCUCAAUCGUUAUCUAUUAUCAGUUAUGGCAUAAGACUGGCCUCCGAUGAGUGCCAGAGACAGUUCCGUCACAAGAGAUGGAACUGUACUCUAAUGAAUGGCAACAAUAUAUUCACUCAUAUCAUGUUUAGGGGAAGUCGUGAGGCCUCGUAUACACACUCAAUACGUUCAGCCGGUGUUACGUACGCCAUAAGCGAAGCCUGUAGUCGGGGUAACAUAUCUUUCUGUAGUUGUCACCACAUCGGGUCCGAUGGCCGCACAAAGACUAACUCGGACUCAUGGCAGUGGUCGGGCUGUACGACUAAUAUCGCGUACGGCAUUAAAUUAGCCAAAAGUUUUAUGGAUUCAACUAAUGAUAAUGAGAAGAGGGAUUCGCGAGCGAUCAUGAAUUUGCAUAAUAACAACGCCGGCAGAAAAGUAGGCAAAAAUAUCAUUCGUUGUGUGAAGGAUCUAUUGGUGUCGCGGUGUAAGUGUCACGGCGUGAGCGGCUCGUGUACAGCGCGCACGUGUUGGAAAGUGUUGCCCCCCUUUACCAUCAUCGGUGACCAACUCAUGAAGAAGUACUCCAAUGCCAAACGAGUGGCACUGCAUUGGCGCCGACGUAAAGGUAUCUCAUAUACUAAGAAAAAGCAGCCAUUCUUUCUGAAGAUGCGGCGAAUCUCGUCCAACGAUCGACACAUCGAUUUAGUACCAAAAUCACGAGAUUUGGUGUAUUUGGAGAAAUCAAUUAACUAUUGCAAUAAGAAUCCAGUGAUGGACUCAUUGGGAACGAGUGGCCGGCACUGCAAUAAGUCGUCCGAUGCGGAAGACGGCUGUCAGUCCAUGUGUUGCGGCCGCGGAUACCGUACACACGAGUCGGUGACCAAAUGGAAGUGUCGCUGCCGUUUCCACUACUGCUGUACUGUUACCUGUAGUGAAUGCUUACAACACAGACAAAUA